AUGGGCAAGAAAAACAAAGACAAGAAAAAAGGCAAGGGUGCCGAGAAAACCCAGGCAAAAACAGAGAAAAGGCUGUCUAAUAAAUUAAAGAAAGCACUGAAAAACCUUGGUGAAGAUGAUAUUGAAAGUAUUGUUGUCCAAAUAGAAAAUGAAGAGAAAAAACGACAGCAAGUGACUGAAGCAGUAGUUGAGCAACCUUCCCGGAGGCUUAAUUUUUCUUUUGUUGCUCAUCCAGAAAAAGACCAGUUGAUUUUGUAUGGUGGAGAGUUUGAUAACGGACAAAAAACUAUGAUUUAUGGUGAUUUAUACUUUUAUGAUUUAAAAAAUUAUUCUUGGACCAUUGUCAAAGCACCUGGUGGUCCCCCACCAAGGUGUGGUCACCAAAUGGUUGUUACAUCUUCUAAUAAAGGUCAAUUGUGGAUUUUUGGUGGUGAAUAUGCAAGUCCAACACAGUCUCAAUUUUACCAUUAUCGAGAUUUAUGGGUCUAUCAUAUAGUGAAAAAGCAAUGGGAGAAAAUUUCUGCUCCUAAUGGACCUAGUGCAAGAAGUGGACAUAGAAUGGUGAUCAGCAAGAAACAGUUGUUUGUUUUUGGUGGUUUUCAUGAUAAUUUAAGGGAUUAUAAGUAUUUCAAUGAUUUAUAUUGUUUUAAUAUGGAGACUUAUAAAUGGUUGAAAUUAGAAACCACAGGUACUCCACCUGCUCCUAGAUCAGGAUGUUGCAUGGUUGCAUUAAAUGAUGGAAGGGUUUUGAUUUAUGGAGGAUACAGUAAGGAAAAAGUUAAAAAGGAUGUUGAUAAAGGCCAUGUUUACACCGAUGCAUUUGUCCUUACACCACAGAAAAAUGAUCCCACUGGAACUCAAUUUAAAUGGGUACAAGUCAAACUAGGAUCGUUAUUUUCGCCAAGAUGCAGUAUGCCAAUUACUUCAACACCCAAUAAUUCGUCUGCCUACUGUUUUGGAGGUGUUUUCGAUAUAGAAGAAGAUGAAGAAGAUAUUUCUGGUAAUUUUUACAACGAUUUUUACCAAUUGGAUUUGGAAAAACUGGCCUGGAAAACCGUCACAUUGUGUGGCAAAAGGGACAAGGACCAGAAAGCUAGAAGAAGAAAAAAGGAUGAUGAAGAUGCAGAAGAUACAGAAUCUGAAGAAAUGGAGGUUCAAGAAACUGUGGAAAGUACCACAAUAUCCGAUGAUGGCAUUUUUAAGGUGACAGUAGGUCCUGUACCUGUGACAUCAUCCACCUCUUUAUUGCAAACCCUAGAAGAAACCCAAUUAUUUAGACCAUCCCCAAGAAUAAACGCUGGAAUGGCAAUAAAACAUGGGAUCCUUUAUCUAUAUGGAGGUAUGUCAGAGGAAGGCGAUAAACAAAUUACUUUUAAUGAUUUUUAUUCUCUGGAUUUAAAAAAACUUGAUGAAUGGAAAACAAUUGUACAUGAUAAUAAGAAUUGUGAAUGGCUUGGAUCUGGUAGUGAGUCUGAGGGUGAGGAAGAAGACAGUGAGGAAGAUGAGGAUGAUGAAUCGGAUACAGAUGAAGAAUCAGAUGAAGAUUAA